AGCGGCCUCUUGCCUGUGGGGUGCGCCACUCUGAAUUGUACAGUCACAUUGGAACUUCACGUCAACUUUGUCAUAACAUGGUUCUGAUUGAUUCAGAUCGAGAGUUUUCUUCCUCCGCAAGCUGGCUUGAAUCACUGCAAUCCUUAAACAACAAAACAAGACAGCGGUUGCUACCAUGGGCGCUCGAUCUAUGUUUCUCCGAGCUGGCUUGAUGACCACUCUCCUUCCUUGCCUGCUGGCUGACUCUCUUCGUGGUCAGGGUGGGUCUCCUGGCAACAUGACUCGUCUUCUGCAGAGCAGUGCACCCGCUUGCAGCGCAGCGGAUGAGGCCGCGAUGUCCCAACUUGGUAGUGGUAAUGCAGACGGCACCUUCCCCAAAUAUCUUUCACAGUGUGGCAAGAAGAACUACAACAUUUUCUUUGGCUUCAACUCGAACAACUUUGUCAACUGUGUGGAGUCUGACACAGGACUCAGUAGCAGUUGUGCAAAUUGCUUUGUGGGUUCAGCUCAAUAUGGCGCAGACAACUGCAAGUGGUCCUGCUUUUGGGGUUCCUGGUGUGGCCAAAGCUGCUUGAAUUGCGUUGCAAGCUCAACUGCAGCAACACAGCAAUGUGCCGGAGUUCCUGUUCCUCAGGCAACGUCGUGCUGAUGAGCAGGAAGCAUGUAGUAAUGUAGUAGAGCAAUCAUGAGACUUAAUAGCGUGUACAGUCUCCUGUAAAGGAAAUGGUCGCAUGACUUUUGUGGCUGGCAAGGACCAUGCCAUCCUGGCACAUGAGAUUGCACAGAUUUGAUGCCCUUUAAAUGCUUUACUGUACAGGGCUCUAAGGGGAGAUUGCUUUCUGCAGCAAGUGGCCAAGAGGCAGCUCAUGCAUGUGAUUCAGGGCGUUACAUGCUGAACCGACUGACUGCUGCAGUUGUUGCACCUGUGGGCUGCAUGACUCAGGUGUUGGCCAGUGCUUUUUCGGUGGGACUUAUGCGGCCUUCUUUGCUGCUGCGGAAGCUUUCAAGACUUCUGGUGGGGAUCAGGUGUUAUAAAAGAGCGAGAAACCAGGAGCAGCUAAUGCAAAGCGUUCUGCCAUGAGACCUCCAUCAAGCCUCCAUGAGAGAUUCCAAGAAUCUAAAUCGAGAGCCGAGCGGUGGACAAGAACGUCGGCCACGUGCAGAGUUUGCCGACCUGAAAACAAGGGAGGAGCAGUGGAGUCGGUGUGUUCUCAAGCAGGUACAGGACUGGUCCCUUGCCAUAUGUAGAAGAUCAUAGAUAGAUGCUGCCCGCCCCUGCAAUUAGACUAAAAGCCAGCAGGUUCCCUGUGCACACACACACACACAUGCACUCAAGAAGCGAAAUAGUUGCAACUAGUCAUCAAUCUGGACCCACAUAGUUGCGAGUAGUUGCAACUAGUCUCUGGAUUUCAAGGCUUACGAGAUUGCUGGAUUUCAAGGCUUACGCCUAAGAGCGGGCCGGGCAGGCAAGCAGUGCAGGCGUCAGGUGCAGGCCUUGUAGGCAGGCCUUGUAGGCGCAGGUAAG